AUGCGGCUGCUUGCUGGUCUGCUGGUUUGGACAAGCGCAGCCUUGUGCACUGUGGCGUCGGCCUCAGCAUCGUCGUGGUCGUCGUCGCCGCCGCCACAGUACCACACUCUGCCGCCGCUGCGUGAACAGGCGGCCAUCCAAAAUGCGUGGACGGCCGAGCGCAAGACGAUCGUGCCGGACCUGCUGCGCAAGCAUGGCGUCGACGCGUGGCUCAUGAGCCAGCGCGAGUAUGCCGAGGACACCGUCUUCUGGUCGCUCAAGGCAGCCGCGCAGUUCUCCGCCCGCCGCCGCACGACCUACCUGUACCUUCUGGGCAAUGACUCGGCCAUCCGCGCGGCGGCACCGACCGCGCGGACGCAGGUCCUCGUCAGUGCGGCCUCGAGCCGCACGGCCACCGAGCUUGUCUGGAUCGACAACACGCCGGCGCUGUGGGCCGAGCUGCGCGCUGUCCUGGCCGCGGCCGACCCGGCACGCAUCGCCAUCAAUGCCGCCGAGGAGCUGGCGUUCAGCUCGGGCAUGCACGCCGGCGAGCUGGCGGCCGUGAAGCGCGGCCUGGGCGACACGUGGUCGGCGCGGCUUGUGGACGACGUGCCCCUCGUGGCCAUUGAGUUCGUGGCCACCAUGGUGCCCGGCCGCCUGGCAUGGUACCGGCGGCUGCAGGAGACGGCGUGGGCGGUGAUUGCGGACGCGUUCAGCGCGCGUGUCGUGACACCGGGAACGACGACGACGACCGACGUCGAAUGGUGGAUGCGGGACCGGCUGCAGGCGCAAAACAUGUCGACGUGGUUCCACCCGACGGUGUCUGUGCUCGGGGCCGGGGACAGCGCGUCUGCGGCGCCGUCCGCGAACAGGGCGGGCUCAGACUCGGCAUUCAUGGCAACAGACAGUGCUGCGCCGACGACGAUCCAGUACGGCGACAUGCUGCACGUCGACUUUGGCAUCACGGCCUUGGGCCUCAACACGGACACGCAGCACCUGGGGUACGUCGUGCCGCCGGUGGGCCACCCGCUGCGUGCAGCCCUGCACGACGGAGACGACCUGGUCCCGGCCGGGCUCCGCAAGGGCCUGGCGGCGGGCAACCGCCUGCAGGACCUUCUGCGCGAGCACAUGGGCCGCUCGGUCGGCCGCUCGGGUGACGCCAUCCUGCGCGACUGCCGCGCCGUGAUGGACCGCAACGGCUGGGAGGGCAAGCUGUACUCGCACCCGAUUGGCGACUGGGGCCACGCGGCGGGCGCGUUGAUUGGCAUGACGAACCUGCAGGACGGCGUGCCGGUGCUCGGCGAGCUGCCGCUGCUGGCCAACAUGUACUACAGCGUCGAGCUGAUGGCCGAGGUGUUUGUCGACGAGCUCAACGCGACGGUGCAGUUCCCGCUCGAGGAGGACGUCUACUGGGACGCCGAGACGGGCGCCUUUGAGUGGGUGUACGGCCGUCAGGAGCACUUCCACCUAGUCCUGCCCGAGGGCGAGGAGGCUGCGGCCACCCAGCAGGCGGCUGGCCAGGGUGAGCUGUAA